GCUGCGCGGUUUAUACUGCCAACACAUUCUGAUUUCCCUUAGUUAUCUUUAGUCCGUCGCGUCGCUCGCAUCGAGUUCAUGAGGCGAUCAUCAGGCCUACGCAGCGGAAGCCGCCACUGAGUGUUAUUUCGACAGAAUAUUCUGAAUACAAGGCAGAGAAAAAGUAAAGCAAAUAAUACCCUACACCAAGCCUUAACACUUGAAAACCCGAAUCCGUAUCGAAGCAGCACAAUUUUGAAUGCUCCACAAAAGUAUAACGCGCCAAAAAUAAGAGCAGAACUUUGACUCUAAAACAACACACACACAAACGACACUCGGACACAUCUUUGGCUGCAACACAAGACACGCCGCAUCGAUACUUCUCUCGGAGGAAAUGGCCACACAGCAGACCAAGUCCCAGGACGAACUGGCAGCCAGUGCGCUGGUAUCCAAGCAGCCGGACAACAUCAAGGAGGAGAAUGAGGAGGAGGGCGAGGAGAUCGACGAGGCGGCCGUGGUGGUGCCCCCGGACAGCGGCUGGGCCUGGGUAGUGAUGGUGGCCUCCUUCCUCUGCUGCACGGUGAUCGAUGGCAUUGUCUUCUGCUCGCCGCUCAUCCAGGAGCAGCUGAUGGCCGAGUUCAACGUGAGUAAGGGCUACGUGGCGUUCGUUUCGUCGCUCCUAAGUGGCUGCUACCUCAUGGCCGGUCCCUUCGUGAGUGCCAUGGCGAAUCGCUUCGGCUUCCGGCCGGUGACCAUGGCGGGAGCCGUGUUCGCGGCCAUCUGCUUCGGGCUCUCGUACUUUGCCACCAGCGUGGAGUACCUGUUCCUUAUCUACGGCAUCCUGGGCGGCAUUGGCUUCUGCAUGGUCUACAUCCCGGCGGUGGUGAUCAUCGGAUUCUACUUUGAAAAGUGGCGUGCCCUGGCCACCGGCGUAGCCAUGUGCGGCUCCGGUGUGGGAACCUUUGUCUUCGCCCCGCUGACCGAGGUCCUGCUAAAGAUGGGUUGGCGCGAAACCCUGGCCAUCCAGGGAGCCAUCGUCCUGUCCUGCGCCGUCUUUGGCCUCGCCUUCCGUCCCAUCCAGCCCAUCACGCUGUCGGUGACCAAUGAGGCUGGCGCUGACGAACAGGAGAAGAGCAAGCUAAACGGGCACGGCAACACCGUGGCCCCCACGCCGCAGCUCCACCAGGCGGCCUUCACCAAGCCCCUGCCCGAGGGACGCUUCGCCUACUCGAUGCCCAACUCCGCCCACAACACGUACAUGGGUGCUUCGCAGCGCCACCAUUAUCCCACCGCCCAGGAGAUCUUCAAGGGAAUGAACUUGGAGCGUCGGCCCUCGGGUACCGCGGCACAGAGCAACAAGGGAACGGAGCUGAAGCAGCUGAGGAAGUCGCAGCCCACGACGCCAAACGGGGAUCCCCAGCAGCUGACCUUCAACCUGCACAAGGAGCUGACCACAGUCGGCGAGAAUGAGGAGGAGGCGGAGAACGAUAACCUGUUGGAGACGGAGGCCAAGCCGGUGACCAUUCAGGCACGCAGACACACAGUGUCCGGCCGCCGACCCCAGGACAUUGGCAAGCGAUCGGCGGCCGCCGCCCAUGAGGCGCACCAUGGCCAGGCGUCAUCCUCGAGGCCCAUGUACCGUGACGAUAUCUUCUUCACCGGAUCACUGACCAGGAUUCCCCAGUACCAGUCGCAGACCUCGCUCGCCUACCACAUGUCCGUGACCCGGCUGCCCACCAAGCAGGACAUGCUGGAGGACCGCCAGAAGGGCUGCCGCAUCUGCCCAGAGGCAGUGCGUCGCACCCUGUCCACUAUGCUGGACACCGAGCUGCUUAAGUCACCCGCCUUCAUGUGCCUGGCCUUCAGCGGCUUCCUGACCAUGAUGGGUUUCUUUGUGCCCUUCUGCUUCCUGGUGGAACGCGCUGUGGCCGCCGGCAUGGACAAGCCAUCGGCCCUCUCGGUGCUCGGUGGCAUUGGACUGGUGAACACAUUCGCUAGGAUUGUGUGCGGCUCGAUUAGCUCGUUCCCCAGCGUCAAGCCGCUCUGGCUGAACAACUUCGCCCUGACCGCCGGAGGCAUCGCUACCAUCUUCAGCGGCGUCGUCAUCAACUCUGCCUCCCAAUGGACCUUUGCCCUGUUCUUCGGCAUCUGCAUUGCCUGCUUCUCGGCGCUGCGUUCGCUGAUCGCCGUGGAGCUGAUCGGUCUGGAGAAGCUAACGAAUGCCUACGGAUUCCUGAUGCUCUUCCAGGGCCUGGCAGCCACGGUGGGCACGCCCAUAGCAGGAAGCCUUUACGAGAUGACCAAGAGCUACGACAUGGCCUUCUACUUUGCCGGCGGCCUCAUCCUGCUGUCGGCCUUCCUCUGCUAUCCCCUGACCUGCGUGAGCCGGUGGGAGCAGCGUCGGAACGAGAAGAACACCCCCCUGCCGGCCGCCUAGGAAGCCAAGCCUAGCCUAGCCUAGCGGAGAAAGAAUACAUCUGCCAGACAGCCUGAACAUCUUGUCAAGGCAGCCACACAACUAUCUCCGAGGGCUUCGGAGACACACCCUUCGGUGUGUCCUUGGCCCUGCGGAGCGCGGAAAGCGCGAAAGCCUGUUCCGGAGUACUUGAUACGUUAAGAUUAGACGUAAGCGAAAUGUUGUGCCUUCGGAUGGAGAGUGUACAUUAAUGUUUCUAUAAGCUUUAAGAGGAGGACGAGACGAGAGGGGAGCAGCUAGGCUUAGGUUAACCGAACACAUUAUUAAUACUAUUACUAUGUAGCCCGUAAGCAGCUCCUGUGCACAUGGCUAUGGCUGGGCCACAAGUCGACUGCCAAGUUAAGAAUCGUUUUGUUGAGUUAUUUAACAUGAGGUACAAGAGGUAUGAGGAGAAACGAGAACGAGAGCGAGAGCGAGACCGGUGCAUUUGUUUACCUUUGUAAGACACACCACUUCGACUUCGUUACAUAGUUUAGAUAGAUAUAUCACAAUCGAUCGGGUCAGUGCACUCGCCGGCGUAAAGCAAAUAAACAAUCAGCCAGACGAUGGAGGCAUCUAUCUGGUAUUUAUAUAUACAUAUAUAUAUUGUACGAUACAACAGAGAACACAGAGUACAUAAUACACACACGGACCGCCACAUACUCAGCAUGCGCGUUUAUCAACAAUAUAAUAAUUACAUUACAAGCAGAGAAUGAUUUGUUUUACAUUUAAAAUUGAUGACGUGACUUCAUCCAACAAUAAAGACGAUUUCCGAUUAAUACAAACUAAA